UUGUAUCAUCCCACCACUCUCGAUCUUCACACCCACAUUCAAUUCUCCAAUUAUUUUUUUCCCAUCACCUCUUUUUAGGGUUUCGAUUUUUAUUUAUCCCCUUUAACUCACCGAUUUUUACUAAAAAUUUAGGACUUGUUUAGGGUUUUUGUGCGUACAAUCAAGUUCUGAUUGAUUGGGAACCGGUUUUUCGUUUUCAUUGUCUGUUUGUGGAGGAUCAAUUUUGGGUAAUUGGGUUGGCUGAUGUUUGCUUCGGGUAUGGAUUCAGCGCGGGAAACCGGCGGAAUGGCUGGUGGUGGAGUGCUGAUUCCGGUGACGUUCACUUGGCCGCAUGGCGGGAAGACUGUGCAUCUUACUGGUUCUUUCGGCAGGUGGUGCGAGACGAUGCAAAUGUCGCAGCUUGAAGGUUGCCCUAACGUGUUUCAGGUUGUUUGGAGCCUGCCUCCUGGUUACCACCAGUACAAAUUUUUCGUUGAUGGGGAAUGGCAACAUGAUGAACAGCAACCCUUCGCAACUAGUGAGUAUGGGAUAGUUAACACUCUCGUUUUGGCUACAGAGCCUACUUACAUACCACCUAGUCCAGUGACAUCUACUUCCACAUCUAACAUGGAGGUGGAUAACAAUGCCUUUCGUCAUAUGCCAAAUCAACCAAUCUCUAGCAUUCCAGAGGACAUACAUGCAUCCCAGAACCGUAUUUCCCUUUUCUUGUCAACACAUACAGCUUAUGAGUUGCUACCCGAGUCAGGCAAGGUUGUUGCAUUGGAUGUAGAUUUGCCUGUAAAACAAGCAUUUCAUAUUCUGUAUGAGCAGGGUAUCCCUAUUGCUCCUCUUUGGGAAUUCUCCAAGGGCCAGUUUGUUGGAGUACUCAGUGCAUUAGAUUUCAUAUUAAUUCUAAGAGAGGUUAGGCCAUAUGAUAACCUUAAAGAUGUAGCUCUGAAAAUUUUGCAAAAUGGGGUGGCUACAGUUCCUGUUAUCCAUUCAUCUUCGGAGGAUGGCUCCUUUCCCCAGCUAUUGCAUCUUGCUUCACUCUCUGGAGUACUCAAAUGUCUGUGCAGGUAUUUCAAACACUCUUCUGGCUCAUUGCGUAUACUACAGCUGCCAAUUUGUGCAAUUCCUAUUGGCACAUGGGUUCCCAGCAUCGGAGAACUUAACAAUCACCGGCCAUUAGCAAUGUUGAGGCACAGUGCUACUCUCAGUUCAGCAUUAAAUUUGUUAGUUGAAGCUGAAGUAAGUUCAGUACCUAUAGUAGAUGAUAAUGACUCAUUACUGGAUAUUUAUUGUCGGAGUGAUAUAACAGCUUUGGCAAAAGACAGGGCUUACACACACAUCAAUCUUAGUCAAAUGACCAUUCAAGAGGCAUUGCAGCUGGGACAAGAUUCACACUCGUCUUAUGAGAUGCGGAGUCAAAGAUGUCAAAUGUGUUUGCGCACUGAUUCACUGCUUAAAGUGAUAGAGCGAUUAGCAAAUCCAGGUGUUCGACGUCUUGUUGUUGUGGAAGCUGGAAGUAAGCGGGUAGAAGGCAUCAUUACACUCAGUGACAUCUUCAGAUUCUUUCUUGGUUAAUCCAAAGUAGUCCCAGAAGAUCAAUCUAGAAGGGGUUUGUGCCAUGAACAUUGGACUCCUAUUUUGUUCUAGGUACCAUCUCCUGCUCCAUGGUCCGAAGGAGACUAGAGUGCUUGACACAUUGAUCUGUUCUGAUCUCAUUUCUUUGAAAUACACCAUUGGAUUAGCCUCUUGUUUUGUCGCCUUCUUUUUUAGAAUUUUAGGCCUAAGAAAGAGGCGUGUAAUUUAAGAUGAUAUAUGGGAUUUAAUUCUCAUCCAAAUUUGUUAUCUUCCCCACCUUCCCCGUUCAACACAUUCUACCACCAAUUGUAGAUGCCAUCUUCUCUGAGAGGAACAGAACACUUAUGACCUCUACAUAGUUCAUUGAUGCUGUCUAGUUAUGAAGGAAAAAAGAGAUGGGGAGGAGAAAUUUAACAAUUACUUAUUCUGUACCAUACUCCCUCUAUGUAGCUACUUUUGCAUGUUGCUUCUUUUUUCAAUUUCUUUUGCAUUUCCUACCAAUUAUUUUAGAAGACCUAGACUUUAUUCGACAUUAACCCAUGUUUAAAUUAAAUAAAAAGUGUGGUACAAU